AUGCAACACAAUCCCGACUUCAAGGCCGAUCUUCGCGAGCCCUCAGAGACAGAUGAACAUGUCACUUCAGGACAACUUGAGAAGCUUGAGACUGGUGGUCUAGCACCGUGGUCGACUCAUAUCGCUGGUGAUGCCGCCAACCUCUCUCCUGAGCAUCGCGACUACCUCUUGAAGCGUCAUGGCACAUUGGAACUGGACCCUAUGCCUGGCUUCGGUGAUGCAGAUCCGUUGAAUUGGAAGACCUGGAAGAAAACGAUCAACCUGUUGCUGGUUGCUUUUCAUGCGAUGAUGAGCACAUUCACGGCUGCAGCAAUCAUUCCAGCUUACUUCAACAUCCACGAAGACUUGGGCUGCAGUAUUCAGAGAGCCUCUUAUCUCACGUCUCUCCAGAUUGCGAUCCUGGGUGGAGCGCCAUUGUUCUGGAGACCCCUCUCAAUCCGUUAUGGACGUCGCCCGAUCUGGUUAAUAUCUCUCAUCGGCAGUCUUGCGUGCAACAUUGGAUGCGCAUACAGUCAUAGCUAUGCCAGCAUGGCCGCAUGCAGAGCUUUGGUCGCUUUCUUCAUCAGUCCUGCUGGAGCCAUUGGAAGUGGUGUCGUCAGUGAAACCUUCUUCAAGAGAGAAAGAGGUACCUAUAUGGGCAUUUGGACUCUGAUGGUGACCGUUGGUGUUCCUUUGGGAGGCUUCACCAUGGGUUUCGUCGCCAACAACGUUGGUUACCGUUGGAUCUACUACAUCCUCGCCAUCAUCAAUGCUGUUCAGCUCAUCCUUGCCAUCUUCUUCUGCCCCGAGACACGUUACUUGCGCCAGGGCGUCGAGCAUCGUGGCUCUGACCUCAAGCAGGAGUACUGGAGCUUCAGACGUAUCGACCCUACUCCCAUGAGAGCCUGGGACUUUAUUCAACCCUUGACCAUGGGUCGUCACGCUACCGUCAUCAUCCCUGCUGCCUCGUACGCCAUGGUCUUCCUGCUCACUUCCAUCCUUGUCACCGUCGAGAUUCCUCAGCUCUUCCAGGAGAAGUACGACUUCAACGCUCAGCAGAUCGGAUACCAAUUCGCCAGUAUCAUCAUUGGUGCUGUCAUUGGCGAACAGCUCGGAGGUGUUCUUUCUGAUUUCUGGAUGAAGCGCAAGGCUCGCAAGAUGCCUGCUGGCCACCGUCCUCUUCCCGAAUACCGGCUAUGGCUCAGUUAUUCUGGAUUCCUCCUCGGCAUCGUCGGCUACAUUGUCUUCCUCAUCCAGACUGAUGACACUAAGAAGUGGAACGUCACACCUCUCAUCGGUGCCGCCAUCGCCGCCGUCGGAAAUCAGAUCGUCACCACCGUUCUCAUUACCUACGCUGUCGAUUGCCAUCAAGAAGAAGCUGCCAGUAUCGGUGUCUUCAUCACCUUUGUCCGCCAGAUCUGGGGUUUCAUCGGUCCCUUCUGGUUCCCUCAAAUGUUUGAGGGCAUUGGUCUUAAGGCUAGUGCAGGUGUCGGUACUGCUUUGAUGAUUGGUGUCAGUGUUGUCCCUGUCGCCUGGCUGCACUGGAGAGGUCGCUCAAGAAAACACAUUGACGAGUAG